AUGGAGGACGAAGGUUUUGAUAGGCCAUUCAGAUUUAUCGUCACUGGCCAAUACCUUGCUAUUCACUAUCACGGCAGCAAUUUCGAGAUAUGCAGAGAUUACCCUGCCCGUGGUAGUUUGUUUUACAUUUCUGAUGACGGAGAAACGAUAAUUCAUAAUCGCACCUAUGUCGGCGUUCUCACCGAGUAUGCCGACUAUGAAGGAGAUGUAUUCUACAUCCGCAAUGGGCCGCAGUACCUAGCCCAGGACGGACAGUUGGCGGACCACGUCGAUGAUGCUAUCAAAGUCCAAAUCGACCCAGUGGGAGACUACGGCGAUGCUGAAACCCCCAUUCCUCCGCCACUGUCCAAUCCUGUCAUUGAUACGGGCAGUCCUAUUUCCGCUGACGGGGUUGAUCUCUAUCACCCCGAUAAAUGGUUUUCCUUAUAUCCCAUUACCGGCGAUGGUCUCUGGUCAGGCGAUGCUGGGAAGUUCGAAUCCAAGCUAUAUUUUGGUGGGAAUCCGUACAGUAUUGGGACGUGCUUUAGCUCUCCAGCCAUGAUGGGAAGACAAGGAUCCGCUCCGACGAUGAUAAAUACCUGGCUGUUAUGA